CCGUACUACCGGAGUAUCAUCAAGAUAUUACAUUUAUUUUCAUACGUAUUAUCUAGUUUUUCAUAUUAUUAUUUUGUUAUUAUGUAAGAUAUUUACUUGAAAUUUGCAUACAUAAUCUUAUUAUGGUAUCAUACAUCAUCACAUAUGUAUAUAUAUAAUAUAUUAUCGUAUUUUAUGUAUAGUAGAAUCGUGAUAAGAUUGAGAAAAAAAAAAGUGAAACCAUAACUAUAUACUAUACUGUGCGAACGGUAAAUAAGCAAGCAUUAGGUAACGAAUAACAACGCAUACCGCAUAUGACACACGGUGAUGGGCGGUAAACGGCCUUCGAAUCUUAAUGCAGUUGUUUCUCAACACGUAUUUUUCUGGUAAAAUAAUUGAAAAUAAUAAUAAUUCGUAUUCGGCCCGAGAUGACGAAUGAGUGUGUAUCACUGCCACAUUUGUGUGUGGACAUGUGAAUCGAGCGCACGCGACUUGCAGUGUGUUGUUGAUUGAGGAAGACGAUAUCAGAGUGUCAAUCUAGACAUCGUCUUGUAUAAUAUUCGUGAUGAACGAAAACGACAAGGAUCCGUCGUCGAUGGUCAUCGGAUACUGGAUGUCCGACAGAAAGAGCCAGAAACUCAAUUGGAUCGAGUUUGGAAAAGUGUGCAGACAGCAUGGAUAUGAAUUAGUGAAAUUGGAUCUUGAAAAAUCGUUAGAAGAACAAGGACCAUUUGCAGUAAUUUUACAUAAACUUACUGAAAUAAUUGCCAGAAAUGAUGAAAAGGCAAUUCAAAUCAUAGGUAGAAUUGAACAGUAUAUUAAGGAUCAUCCAAAAGUAUUAAUCAUUGAUCCAUUAGAUAGUGUCCGUACCCUGCUUGAUCGCUACAAAACAUAUAAUGUCGUGUUGAACACCACCUUGAACAAUAUUGAUGUUUUUACACCUACAUUUGUGGAAAUUCUGUCAAACAAUGUAAAAGAGAAUAUCAAAAAACUAAAAAAUGCUGGAGUCACAUUUCCAUUUAUUUGUAAGCCGUUUGUAGCUCAAGGAACAACUUACUGUCAUCAGAUGUCUGUAAUUUUUAAUGAACGUGGUGUAGCUGAUUGUAAGCCUCCAUGUGUCGCUCAAUCAUUCAUUAAUCACAAUGCAAUUUUGUACAAACUGUAUGUGGUUGGAGAUCAUUAUCAAAUGGUUGAGAGACCAUCAUUGAAAAAUUUUUAUGCUUCAAAUGAUGACCGAGAUACAAUUACUUUUGAUAGUCAUUCUGUGUCUAAAUCAGAUUCAAGUAGCGAACUUAGUGUACUUGACCCUUCUGAAAGUGCCAAAGGAUCUUCCAUAGAUCCAAUCAAAUUGCAUUCUAUUGUCAAAACUCUUGGCAGUUAUCUAAACAUGUCUCUAUAUGGUGUUGAUGUUGUUGUUGAAAAUGAUACCAAUCGGCAUGCAAUUAUUGAUAUUAAUGCCUAUCCUGGUUAUGAUGGAUUUCCAGACUUUUUUGGAAAACUUAUAGACUGUGUAAUAUCUAGACGUGCUCAAUCGGUAUGCUCUAAAGCAUAUUUUGAAGACUCUGGGUUUGAUACUAGUGAUUCAAGCGAUGAAAAAAAAUCUCGCGCCAAACUAAAUUCAAUUAAUUAAUAUAAUUAAAACUGAUCAAUUAAUCUUUGCCUAA